AUGGUGGCCAGUACCUCGAAAUACUCCAGCACCCGGUAUCAUGACCAUUCAUUAAGGGAAUUCUUCAGCUUCGAGGAAGUCGUGCUCAAAGGAUUGGCAUCAGACGGAGGUUUGUUCCAUCCUCAUGCGGUGCCCAAUGUCAGGUCAGAGUAUCUGGAAUGGAAAGAUCUCUCCUUUCCAGAGCUGGCCUUUCAGGUCAUGAGGCAAUACAUCGACGAGCAUGAGAUUUCGGAUCAAGAGCUAAAGUCCAUCGUCGACCGGAGUUACUCGACUUUCAAACACCCCAGGACGGUGCCGCUGGUUACGCUGGAUGAGAACAGGAACCUCCAUCUGCUGGAGCUCUUCCACGGACCUACCUUUGCUUUCAAGGAUGUCGCCCUCCAGUUCUUGGGGAAUCUAUUCGAAUUCUUCCUUGUGCGCAAGAACCAAAACCUGGAGAAAGGCCAUGCACGCCAUCAUCUCACAGUCAUUGGUGCCACCUCUGGCGACACAGGAUCAGCAGCCAUCUACGGGUUGCGGGGAAAGAAGGAUGUCAGCAUUUUUAUCAUGUUCCCUGAUGGCAAAGUAUCCCCGGUCCAAGAAGCACAGAUGACGACUGUGCUCGACCCUAACGUGCACUGCUUGAGUGUUCAAGGCACGUUUGAUGACUGCCAGGACUAUGUCAAGGCCUUGUUUGCUGAUCCCGAAAUGAACAAAAUCCACCACCUGGCGGCUGUGAACUCGAUCAAUUGGGCGCGGAUAUUGGCUCAGAUCACGUAUUACUUCUAUGCGUACUUUCAGCUCCUCCAGCAGCAACCCGACGUGAAGGGGGUCAAAUUUGUGGUACCAACUGGUAAUUUCGGUGACAUUCUGGCCGGAUACUAUGCGAAACGCAUGGGGCUUCCGGUGGCCAAACUUGUGAUUGCGACAAACGAGAAUGACAUUUUGCACCGGUUCUGGCAGACGGGGUCAUACACGAAGAAGCAGAAGCCAGCAGGAGAACCGCACGAAGGUGUCAGGGAUGAUGGCGCACAGGCGCAUGAGGAUGGCGUCAAGGAGACAUACAGUCCUGCCAUGGAUAUUCUUGUCUCUUCGAAUUUCGAACGGCUUCUUUGGCACUUGACCCUAGAACAUCAGCUCGACCUGAAUCCCCAUGUCAAGGUCGAAUCUUCGGUGAGAGUCGCUGGGGCCAAGAUUGAUGGUUGGUUCCAAGAGUUGAAACGGACUGGAUCCUUCACCGUGGAUGGGGAAGUCCUGGACAAGGCACGCGAGAUCUUUGGCAGUUAUAGGGUCAGCAAUCCAGAGACUCUCGAGGCUAUCCGGGAUUGCUAUAGAGGCCAAGUCAUCUCCAAAAAAGGAUAUGUACUUGAUCCUCAUUCUGCAAUCGGCGUGGCCGCAAGCUUGCGAGAGAUCUCAGCAGCAGGCCCUGCUCACAGCGUGCCAGUUGUGUCGUUGGCGACCGCGCAUCCAGCCAAAUUCGCUGGCGCGGUUGAACUGGCCUUGAAGGAAGAGAAGGGAUUUGACUUCAGUAAGAUUCUGCCAGAAGAAUUCGUCGGACUAGGUGACAGGGAGCGCAAAGUCUUGAAGGUAUCGGCGGCGGAGGGACUAGCGGGCAUCCGGCAUAUCAUCACACAGGAGGUUGACAAGGAAAAGGAGGUCGGACAAAACGGCGCUUAA